GCAAUGGUUAAUCCAGCAAAAACACCCCCAAUCAAGACCAACGCGACCGCUGCGCCGAGGUUGAACCACAGGUCGCUGCCAUUGACUUGAUCCUCGGGGCUCUCCGCAUUGUGAGCUGUCGCGGCGGGAUUCAAGGGGAACGCAUUCCUGAGCGGGAGGUAGAGGAGGAUAGAGAGCAAUUGCGGAAGGAGAAGAGAUCGCGGAGUAAACAUUGCUCCGCAAGAAUCGAAAGACCGCCAGUCGGUGACGCUUGAGAGGUGAAAGCAGAGUUUCGUCGUCGCCCUACAAGGCUGACGGACGCGAUCAAACGCCCGCCGCCCUACGAGGCGCGCGACAUGACAAACAGUGACAAAGAGCCGGCCAAAAGAGUGCCCAGGCGCUUUGAGUGGGUAUCAAUAUGCAGCUUAUCCUGACCGACCAAUCGCAAAAGAUGAUAUUCCACUUCAUUGCUGCUGUGUCACUCCACACCAUGCCUGUCUUUACUUGAUUUGGCGUGCCUCCAGGCAGCAACAUUCUUCAACUCCACCGUCAACUGGCCAAGUCAUUCGAUGAAAGCGUUGUGCCACAGUUUGCACCCUGUGGCGCAACAGGACCCCUCCUCGCUGUGAUUUAAAGCAAAGGGAGGUGGCUCUACCCCAAUGCCCACUUUCCCAAUUCUCAUCGUUGUGAAUCUAUCAUGUCGUUUCUCAAGAACCUGACCAAGGAGUUCAAGGAGCUCAAGGCGUCUCUGUCCGGCGACGGGGACAAGGAGAAGGAAGAGAAGAAGGAGGAGAAGCACGAGAGCACGGAGGGGCAACGUGCAUUCGACCCCGGAUAUGGAGCACCGAACUAUGCUCAGCCUGCGCCUGCGCCGUACAACCAGUAUCCCCCUCAGCCACUGAGCCCCCCGCAGGGCCCUCCGCUGCCUCCUGGUUGGGUCGCUCAGUUCGACCAAGCCAGCGGGCGCUGGUACUACAUCGAACAGGCGACCGGCAUCUCGCGUUGGGAGCCGCCGGCAGCGCCCGCACCGUACGGACAGUACGAUCAUUCGCAGGUUCCUCAGUAUGCGGGAGCCUAUGGCAGCCAGGGAGCGUAUCCCGGACAGCACCCCUAUCCGGGUCAGGCACCGUAUCCAGGACAGCCGCCAUACCCCGGACAGGGUGGCUACUAUGACCCGUCACAGGGAGUGCCACCGGGCGGCGACUACUCGCACUCCAAGGGAGAAAAGUCGGACAAGGAUGACAAGUCGAAGAUGCUUCUCGCGGGAGCAGGUGGUCUGGCCAUUGGCGCCGUGGGCGGUGCCCUGGUGGCGAAUGCACUCGCUGAUGAUUCGGACAACGAAACACACGCGGCCGCUGCAGCCCCACCGCCAGCAAGCGCUCCUCCCCCCGCUGCUCUUCCUCCCGAUGAAACCGCCGAUGGUGAUUCCGUCUCGUCGAGCGACCGUGAAGACGUUCUUGAGGCCCGCCAGGAAUAUGAACAAGCGCAGCUUGCGGCACAGGACUCUGACGCCUCCAGCAGUGAAGAGGAGGCGUUGGAGGAGGCAAGAGAGGAAUAUGAGGAGGUUUAUGAAGAGGUCUACGACGAUUAGCACGAUGUUACAUUCUUUGUAGCGAUGUUAUGAACCAUAAUCUACAACCGUAUUCGUAUGGAGGUGAAUUUAUGAAUUGGCGCCAAACAGCCCUACGACGAGAUAUUCUUAGCCCGGUUCGAUUCUCUAGUGGUGCCGACCAAUCCGACUCUGUUGCUUAGCGCUCGGUUGCUGCAGCCUGUGCAGCCAUUGGCCAGCGUGCGUGUCUUGGGCUGCAGCAAGAGUCUGCUUGGCGCUCGCAACAAUUUAAUCCUGCUGCCUGCUAGGGCUGCGCGCGUUGCUCUCCGACCUUUAUCAACCUCUUGAACCUCCUGCCUUUCAGCAAUCCUCAUUUCGAACCAGGACAGCCACCAUGUCUUACCAACAACAACCAUACGGUGAACAUCCACCAUACCAACAGCCCUAUGGCUAUCCUCCUCCUCAACAGGGCCCACCCGUCAGUUCCCUGUCUUGUUUCUCCAACCCUCAGUAAACCAGUAGGCGCAUACUUAUAACGAUCUGAACAACAGAUGCAAUAUCAGCAACCCCCUCA